GGCGUGUAACUUUACACGCAAAUUUUCGUUUUUGUUUGUAGUUGUUUGUAGUUGUUUGUUUGCUGCAUUUUCUGUAAACGGUAACCAAAGGUUUUUUUUUUAUUUACCCCUGAUUUUCAUGCGGCGACCAUUUUGAAUUUUAAAUAGGCUUUCGUCGGGAACCGAAACCACGAGGUUUCGACAGCCGAGGAAUCCAGUUCGGAACAUCUCGGAACAUUCGAUGGCAACAACAACAUGGCCGCCAUCGUUAAAAUUCGCCAAGCGAUCGUUUGACUUAUUAACUGUUCCACUUUCGAUGACAAGAUGCUUCACUCCAUGAGCAAGACCAACGAGGACACUUUUUUCUAUCUGUACAGCUAAGCUUUGUUUGUUUAUAUAAUGUAUCGUACGCGAAGACGUAGAAUUCUUUGGUGGUUGGCGUUACUCAUCAUUACCAUUGUUGUAGUGGUAAUUCUCAAAAACUCCAAAAAGCGCCGAGAUGGAGGAAUCGUGAACAGCUCAUUUCCAAAGGGCUUUUUAAACGUCGCAAUUUGGGAGGACAUGUGUGGCGAUGAAAUGCUUUCUCUUAAAGAGUUUCCUCUUUUUCCACAUGGCCCUUCGACCAGGCUUAGAACAUCUAGUUUGCGAAUGCAUUUUACAAGACGAUUUCAAAAUUUUGGAUUAAGGAUCUUUGGAUAUCUCUCUCCUAGUGAAUCUGGGAAUUACAAUUUUCAUCUAGCUUCUAGUGCAUCGUCCGAACUGUGGAUAAGCUCGGAUUCAAAGCCAGAAAACAGCAGACUGAUUGGGAAUGUUACGACAGGGUUAAGUUGGUUACGUGAACGAAAUAUUCCAUUGUCCAGGGGAAAUCGGUACUAUUUGGAAAUUUUACAUAAACAUGGUGAUCACUAUUUAUUGAGAAGUAAUUAUUUCCAUCUUAAAUGGAGGUUAUCAUAUUGGAAACAACAUGAUCUAAGGGACAUUCCUGCAGAUGCUUUAAUUGCUUUUGAAGAUGAUCAUGACUCAAGCACAUCUGACAAAAUGAUAACAAAUUUGUUACAUAGUGAGCAACUUGAUCAUAAUAAUGAAGUUAUCCUUCCAAUGCAUAUUACACUCCAUGACCCAUCAUUUGUAAAUGAGGAAUCAAAACGUCGAGUGGAAUUACAUCACCUUCCUUUUAUCAGUGAAGAGGACACUCGUGAUUUGUUCCCACCAUGCGAGUAUAGUCCGUCAUACAUAGUAAAAGAACCUUUAUGGAGAUACCAGGCGACAUGGGAGACACACUACUCCUCAAUUUAUCCUUUUGACUAUUCUGAUCUCAGGAAAAGAGAGUAUCCAGGUGACAAUUUUGUGAGCUUUGGUAAUGACAAGCUGGAUGAAAACACAGCCAAGGCAAUAGCUUCUCAAGUCUGGAUGCAGAUACAAAGCAAGCAUCCUGGGAAGUACUCUUUUCGACACACCUUAAAUGUGGAGGAAAACCAUGAUCAAGGAACAGGAGACAGAUAUUUGGUGGAGUUGGAACUUAUUGAAAUUUCAAGUGGAAAAUCUGUGAGAUUCUCUGAAUAUGUAUACAGGCCUUGGGGAACAGGUGAUAUUUGUAGCCCUGUGGGCAUCACAUGGAACAAGAGUGCUGUAAUCAACCUCAUUCUUACCACAGGAAACAAUCAGGGAAGAUGGCUUCUCCAUUUCCUUUACCAUAUGUCAAAGAUACACAAGAGGACUAAGGAUUUUAAUUUUAAUGUGGUUAUUACUGAAUAUGACGGUAUAGAUGUUGAUUUAAAAGCAGCUCUGAAGAGGAGUGGAAUUCCACAUUAUCAGCAUGUAAGACUACCAGGGAAAUUUCAGAAGGCCUCGGGGCUGCAACUAGCUGCUGGGAUGGUCAAAGAUCCGAAUUCAAUCUUGUUUGUUAUGGAUCUUCAUUUGGAUAUUCCUUAUCAUUUCUUUGAUGAUGUUAGAAAGCAUUGCAUUCAACACAGGGUUGCUUACAGUCCUUUGCUUAUACGUCUGUCAUGUGGAACCACAGCACAUCGGCCCUUUGGGUUUUGGGAAAAAUAUGGCUAUGGGUUGAUGGCAAUUUACAAGAGUGACUGGGACAGAAUUGGAGGAAUGAAUGUCGAAGAGUUCAAGAAUAAAUGGGGUGGAGAAGAUUGGGAGAUUUGUGAUCGUAUUUUGAUGGAUGGCAUGGAAAUAGAGAGAGUCAAGAUGAUGCACUUGUUUCAUUAUUUCCAUUCCAAGAGAGGCAUGUGGGCUGAUGUUGGUAAUGCUGCUGAGCAGGUGGACUAUUCUGACAAUUUUUGGGUGUAAGAAUCUGGUCAACAUGAUGGAAGAACUCUUAGUUGCAAUGGGAAUACAUGUAGUUUUAUGUGAUUGACUAUGAGAAAUAUAAAAUGCAAGAACAAAAGAUUAUUUUCAGAUUAUUUCAUAUUUAAUUUUUAGUAGUUGUAAUGCUAGCUAAUAUGAUUUGAUUAUGAAUGCUCUUUAGAAAAAAAUCGUAAAAAGUAAUAACAAUAAAUGAAUCACUUUCUCACUAAAAUUAUGAAAAAAUUGCUCAUAAGUGCUACCUAAUUUACAAAAUAAAAUCAAAGGAAACAAGGUUAGACAACCUUUUUUGUAUUACACUGUGAGGAUAAACUUAAAUAAUAAAAAGCCUUAUGCUACCCUGUUAGCAGGCUAAUGUCAGGGGAGCAUAUGUGUGAUAGGUAAAGCUGUGAGAAUAAGGCUGAUGAUUGAACCUAGCCUUGCGGCAUGCUUUGUUCACCAGUGUGUUCUCAUGGCUUUGCUGCUUUUGUGUGAUGUUGAGUGUGGACCUCAGUGCUUGCAGGAUACACUUAUGGUUAUGCUUGAAUCACACACAAACUUACUGACAACAAACUGAGGCGGAUCCAGGAUUUGGUGAAAGGGGGUUGGAAAAUUGACUGUCUUGCAAGGGGUCCGGGGGCAUGCCUGCCAGGAGAUUUUGUAUUUUAGGUCCUUAAAAAUGUUUUUUCCAGCGUUUUGAAUGAUGAUUGUUGGUUGUUUUAAACGAGGGCUACGCCUAUUUACAAUAUAAUUUGGAUUUACGAUAUAUUUACAGUAUAUUUAUUAUAAUCGAAACCAAUUUAGAAAUUACGACUAAAAGUACAGUUAUAUAUUAAAUUUUUUAUUCACUGUGUGCUCUGAAAAAUCAUGCAUACGUUUCCUCAGGAAUGGGAUCAAUGAGUAGCAUUUUC